AGACCGUGUUCUGAACACAGCCAUUGUUCACCAAACGUAUCCAAAUAAAUAAUCUGAUCACCACUCCAUCAUUUUUGUUUUCACUGUAUAGUUUUAUUUUCCCCAAAUCACACAAGUCGUUCUCCAAUAAUGUCAAUUAGUCUAUGUUGUUAUUCUGAUUAAAUUUUUACUGUUAAUAUUUUGAUAGUUUUUUUUAAUCUAGUGUCCGUAGUCAAUUUCCUGUUUUUCUAUUACAAAACUAUAGUACAAUCUGUCUAUUCUUUAAAUAAGAAUUAAUAUGUAUGUACUUAGAUAAAAUAUUGUAUUAGGGCUCAUAUUGCUAAGUUUUAAUCAUAUCGUUGGAAAUAGACUCGUAAAAUGUAAGUUUCCCGUUAUUAUUUUAAUUAUUUUGCAUACCUAAACCAUUUUGUAGUUUUUUAAAUAUAUAUUACAAUUUCUAUUGCUAGGAAAACUACUAACAUUAAAAUCGAAAUUUGAUUUAGUUACUUAUAUUGAUAGUUGUUUAACCUGUGUAUUGUUUUUUAUUUGACAUGUUUAGUAUUCUAAACUGAGUUAUUAGUUGCAUAUACCUAUUAUUUUACUAUUAAUACAAUGAAACAUAUUAAAUAAGUAGACUUUGAUAACAACAUUGGUAGAUUUAUUUUUAAUAACAAUACCCUAGUAUUCUAUACUAGAAGUUUAAACUAGCAUAGUAUUUUACAUUUUCAUUCAAAUUUUUCCCUACUGAUUAUUUUAUAAAAAGGCAAUACCUUCUUAGAUUAUAGUUUUGCAUAGAAUAAAAACUCAUUUAUAUGUAUGUAGAAACCUUACUUAUUAUUAUUGUUAAUGUAAGUAAGUAUUAAAUAUAAAUAAAUUUAUACAUACCAUGGUAUGUAUAAAUGAUUCUUUAAACUUCUUCUAAUCUAAUGUACUAAUUAAACAUAUUCAUUAUAAUCUAAAAGUAUGGUUAAAUCUAUAUUACCCUCCACAAAAAUUACCAUAUAAUACGUAUUGUGAACACUAGGGUAGUCCUUAUUUUUUACCUUAAAUAAUUUUGUGCUGCGGGCUCAAAAUUUUGUUAAAUACCUAUACAUUGUAAAACUAAUUUUUUGUAAAUUUUGGGUAUAAGUCAACCCCUUCACGUGCCUAAAAGGACUUAAAGUUUGUAAAAAGUGUUGUUUUUGUUUUUUUUAUGUUUAUAUUUUUAUUUUUUACUUACAAAAAUGUAUCAGACUAAAGUGUCUACUUUAUAAUUGUAAAAUACAUUUCCUACUUAUUAGCACUUUUUAACUUUUCAGUGAAACUUACCGUUCUAUGUCAAAAGUUGAUAGAUUUGUAUUAGGAAAAUUCAAAACUGUACAAUUUUAAAUCUACCAAAUUUUAAAUCAAUUUUUUAUGUACAAUGGUAAGUUUCACAGAAAACUUAAAGACUGUUUUGAUAAAUUGUUUGCACACUUAAAAUUUAAAAAAAUUUAUGUAAAUCAUUUCCUCUUUUUACAACACCUAUAGGUUAAGGGCUACCCUAAUGAAUACUGAGAAUUUUAUACCUACACUCAUAUUAUGUAUAUGCAUACACAUACAUUACCUAUACAAUUUUUAUAUGAUUGUACUAUAUAAAAGAAAUAUAUAUCUAUUUAUUUGUGUUAGGUAUAUCAUAGCUGAAUAAAAUGGCGUCUAGAGAUAAACAAUCACAAUAUGUUGAUGGGCGACGUACCUGUCCACGAUAUGGGGGUGGACCAGCUUCUAGUAAUGGAGACUAUGCUUAUGCAUAUUAUGAACACGGUCCUCAUGACUCCUCUAAACCACACACAUGUUCGAAACAUAGUUAUAUCAACCGCUAUGGACGUGAAGAGAACAUAUAUGAAGAAAUUGGAACAUCUAAACUCGACGAAGAAGUUCGAUAUGUUCAUUCGAAACAUUUACAGGUAAAUAUUAAUGUUAACAUUGUUAACUAAUGGUUUUUUCAUUAAUACAGUAUUACAGUAUUAAAAAUGCCUAAUGCCUUAUUCUGUUUAAGGUCUUAGACGAAUUAAAUUUAUCAAUGGAAGCGAUGAUUAUGCCUGACAAUGGUGCAUGUUUGAACAAUAAUGGUUCAUCUGGUAUUAAUUUAGGAACUUCUAGAGAUGGCUCACCGGUGAAUUUAAGUGUAGAUAGUGGAGUUGCUUGUGAUGCUAGUAGUUGUGGUACUAAUAGCUUAAGUCGCCCUCGAAAAUCUCAUUUUAGCACAAAACGGUUCUGGAAUAAAAUGCCUACCUUAAUUUCACCCAGCCCGAGCAAAACAUCACUUCCAGGUUAGUUGAUCGUUUUUUAUUUUAAUUUAAACUUAAAAGUGUGGAAUAUAACUAUAUUUUUUAAAGUGUUUUUAUGAAGGAUAUUUUAUAUAGAUGUUUCUAAAUAAAAUUGUUUUGAUUAAAUAGUACUUUUAUGUUAUCACUCCGCCAAACAAUACAAAAUAAAUAAACACAAAAAAUUAAAGUAUAAAUAUUCCUUAAAAAUGGGAAUCUUUGUUCUUAUUUGUAUUAUUUAUCUCUUGAUAAGUGAUCUAUUUUAUGUAGGCAAUAAGAAGAUGACAUUUUGCUUCAUGUUGGCCGUUAGUAUGUUGUUAACAUUUGUAAUUGUUAUUACUUACUUACUAUACUUAUGAAACAUUAUGAAAUACAAUAAAAUUAAUUUCAAUAAUUUAUUUUUAGUAGUUUUCAAUGAUGAUAAGAAAUACAUUUUUACAAAAGAAAAAGAUAUUAAAAGUUGCUCAAAUGUGAAAAUGGUCACAUAAUGUCUAUUAAGGAAUCACAAAAGAGUUGCUUGAAGGAAAAGGGUAUAAGAUUUAACAUUUGGAUAACUGGUUCUAAACUGCCAAUAUAUACAAUUCUCUAUUUCAUAUACUACUGGGCCCAAGAAAUGACUUCGGUAACAUUUUGUAAGCGUGAACUGACAAAUGGGUCGAAAUUUUGUUGAUGAUUAGAGCAGUUAUCUAAGUGAGAUAUGUGUAUGGUGGUUAAAAAAUAGUAAUAAUAAAGAAAUUGGUGGUCCAGGUCUUAUUAUUGAAAUAGAUGAAAGUUUAUGUGUGGGUAAAAGAAAUAAUGCUGGACGUAUUUUGCCACAACAAUGGAUUUUCAGUGGAGUAUGUUGGUAAACUAAAACCUGUUUUAAAUUAGUGUACCUGAUUGAUCGAAAAAAACAUUGUUACGCAUUAUACUAAAAUAUAUAAGAUCAGGUUCAACAAUUUUGUUAGAUUGUUUGAAAGUUUACACAAAUUUGCAGCAAGUAGGUUUCCAACAUAAAACUGUUAACAACACUUAUAAUUUUGUUGAUCCAGAAUCCGGAUACAGGGGCACAAACCCAAAAUAUUGAGAGGUUAUGGAUUUAUGCUAAAUAGGGGACCAAAAGAAAUUUCUGGAAUCAUACUUGGCAGAAUUUAUAUGGAGAACACAAUUUAGGAAACAGAUGCGUUUGAAACUAUCUUGAAAGAUAUUUUUGAACUCCGGCUUAUUUCCUAAUUUAAAAUAAUUUUCACCAUAGCAUACAAUAUCAUUUCUAAUAUAAUAUACAAUUUAAUUAAUUUAAUAAUCAUAAUUUUUUUACAUCUUUACUAUAAUAAUUAGGGCUGUGAAUUUGUAGGAAAUUGUAUUUUUUUUUAGUUGAUUGUGAAACAGCUUCUUAGUACAUAAUUUGAAUUAUGUAACAACAAAUUCAUUUAUGAAACUUAUUUUGAAUUUUUUGAUGUUUUUAAUUUUUAAGGUCAUUUUUGGACACUAUAAUGUAUUUAUAUACAUAUAUAUUAUAUGUAUUUUUAAUCAAAUUUUGCCAAUUAACAUUUAUUUUAUAAAAUAAUAUUUUACACAAGCUGUAUACGGGUUAGGUAAAGAUAAGGAUUCAAUGAAAUAAGGCAAUGUUACAAAAAUCAACUUAUCAACAUUCAAAUUGGAUCAAUAUUUUUAUAAUUUUUCUAUUAAAUAAAUACAUUUUUAUGUAUAUAAUAUACUAAUAUUAAUUAUAUAAAUAUUAAAUUAAAAACCAUAUUUUAAAUGUAUUUUUUGAGACUUUAAAUUCAUAUUUUAUUUCAUUUUUUUAAAAUUUUGUGUGCAUUUUUAAGAUUUUUCACUGUAUUAAAUUCACAGCCAUAAUAAUAAUAUACAAUUUAAUUAUUUAUACUUUUUUUUUUCAUAUUAUUUAUUUUGUAUUGUUUGGUGGGGUGAUAGCAAAUAAUAGCGCAGCGAUAAAUUUAUUACAGCAUACUGGUGGGGCGAUAUUAAACAAGUACUAAUUUAAUUAGGAUAAUAAUGGUAUUAUCAAUUUGUUGUAAUGCAUAAAUAAUAUUUUAUACACAUUGAUAUUAAGUACCAUAUAUUUCCUUUUUAUUGUUAUAUUAUAACUAUGAAAAUUUAACAUCAAUUUAUUUUUAAACUUUUGCUAUGUGCUAUUUAGACCUAAAUUAACAUAAGUACAUUAUUUGAUUUUAAGAUGAGUCUGUGCGAUGGCGUCAAAAUUCUUGGGAUGAAGUUACACAGUCAACAACAAUUAAUGAGAGACAUACUCCAUCCCAAAAAAGUUCAAGUUCUGACAGAGAUCCAGAACUUUCAUCUGAAGAAGAAAGUAACAAGUAUGUAUUUAAAUAUAAUUAAUUUAAAAAUUAUCUUGAUAUCAAAUUUUGCUAUACUUUUUUUCAGAAGUUAUGAUAUUAGAAAUAACGUUUCUAAGACAUUGCGAUGGACAAAGAAUCCUCCAUCCCCAGAUCCACCAUCUAGUCCGGGUUUAUUAUCGAGAUGGUUUUCAUUAAGAAGAUGCUCUCAAUAUGAUUUAGAUGUUAGACCAAAUAGUAAAAUGCCUUUAUUGCCAGAGGUACUUAUUCUAAUUAAAUUGCAUUGCUUAAAUUUAAUUUUUCAGUAUACUAUAUACUAUACUACAUUUUAAUAUUCAAAAAAUAAUAAUUGAAAUAGUAUAUUGAAAUCUGCAUAUUUUGCAUGCUGCACAAGAUUAUAAUAUAACAAAAAUGUAAUAUAAUUGAUUUGAAAAUAUAUUAAUUUAAUAUUUUUUAGGUAGAAGAAGACUGUUUUUCAAGACGACUUAUUCCACCGAGUCUUCCUCCAGCACCCCCUGAUAUUUCUGAACAAGAAUUAAGACGUAGAUAUAUUGUUGACGAUAUUGUGAGAAGUGAAAAUUCAUAUCUAGCUACUCUUCAUAGACUUGUAAAUGUAUGUUAUUUAAAUGAAAAUUGUGUUAACAUAGAUACUAGGUAUACCAAUGUUCAAAUUUUUAAUUUUUAUAUUAGGAUUACAAAAAGCCAUUGGAACAAAGUAUGCCAUCAAUUUUAAGUCAGUCGAAAAUCUCUAUACUUUUUCAUCGGGUCCCAGAGAUACUUCAGUGCCAUACACUAUUUAGAAUAGCAUUAGCUGAAGCUGUUGCAAAUUGGGAUCGUGAUCACAGAAUUGGUGAUGUUUUUGUUGCAUCUUUUAGUAAAGCAAUAGUUUUGGACAUUUAUAGCGGAUUUAUUAAUAAUUUCUUAAAUGCUAUGGAAUUGGCAAAAACUGAAACUAAAAGAAAAGCAUCGCUUGCAGAAUUUUUCAAAGUUAGUAUAAGUAAUUUCAUGUAUAUUAUUGAUUAUGCUAUUUAUUAAUUUUUCAGAACCGACAAGAGGCAUCCCAUGAUCGUCUUUCAUUUUACAGUUUGAUGGUUAAGCCUGUACAAAGAUUUCCACAAUUUAUUCUUUUUCUACAGGUUUGUAUUUUUUUUUUUUUUUUUUUAUUAUUCAAUAUUUAGUUUAACAAUGUUUUUGUAUUAUCAUUAUUAUUAUUUUUUUUAGGAUUUAUUACAUAAUACAGGCUUUGGUCAUCCCGAUAGAAUGUCUUUGCAAUUAGCAUUAACUCAAUUAGAAUCACUAGCAGAAAUGCUAAAUGAGAGAAAACGAGAGAGUGAACAGGCUCAGGCGUUUAAGGAAAUGUUGAAAUCUGUGUCAAGUAAAUUAGCUGUUCGUCCAAUUGCAGAUAGUAACAGAUGUCUUUUAAGACAAGAUGAUGUUACUCAAAUUGUUAGUUAAUAAUAUAUAUGUAUAUUUUAUUAUACAGAUACUUUACCCACUUUAUUUCGAUUGUUUCAAUAAUUUUCAGGAAAUAAAUCAUGGAGAAGUAAUUGGAAAGUGUAAACCUCGACGUCUGUUAUUAUUAAAUGAUUUACUUGUUUGUGUUUCUGUCAAUACUAAAGAUGAUUCAAGUAGCUCAUCUCAAAAAAGAUUAACAUUUAAAUGGAGUUUUCCAAUUUCGGAAAUACAAGUGUGUUACAAUUAAUACUAUAUAUUAUAAAAUAAUAUAAUUAACAGGUAUAAUUUAUUGAUCAAGAAAACAGUUAAUAUAUUUUAAUAUGUGUGUAGUAUGUAUAAGGGUGUAAACAUGGGAGAAAGGAUUUUGACAAUGACCCCUUUCCCCGUUGCUUUAAUUUUAGCCAAGGUAAGGUUAAGAUGGUUGUAGAACCAUUAAUCUCCCUAACCCUCUUAUCUAUUGAUAAAUGUUGACUAUGCCACUGUACAUAUACCUAAUUAUAAUUAAAACGAUCAUUUUAAAAAAUUUAAAUUUAACAUUUAUGGUUUUUUUUUUUUUAUAGUUUAUACAAUUAUCAUUUAUCACAAGAAAAUAAAAUUUUAAUUGUAUAUAGGUCAUAGACACAUUAUCGUUACCAAGUGUUUCUCGUACAAUUGCUGGCAGUACAGCAUCACACAACAGUAUAACAACAGACAAUCUGUGUAAUGAAAUGAACCAUCUCAUGCAUGAUUAUCAAGUAAUCAGUCGUAUUGUCGAAUUAGCAUCUACAUUAAAGGGCACAUAUUUGGUUAGUAAUAAUAUUUAUAACUGAGUUUUAUUGAGUUAUAAUACCUUAAAUUAAAUAUUUUUUAAAUUCUUUACAAAUAACACAUUUUCUGUAAAACUUUGUUUAGGAUCUAGCGCCAGAUCAUUUAAAAGGAAUAUUAAAUGCAAUACAAUGUGAAGUGCAAUAUAAAGGAGAUCAAGUAGCAUGGAUGGACUCCUGUUGUCUCCAAUUAUUUGUUAAUCGUCAAGGAUACACAUUCCAAAUGGAAAAUCCUGAUAUACGUAAAGCUUGGAUAACUGGUAGGUUGAAAAUAAAUGGGUAUGUUUAUUAAUUUUUAUAAUCUUUAAAUUAAUUUUUUAGAAUUGAGGCUUGCUCGUUUAGCACUUGAUCCAAAUAAUUCUCCAGCGUGGGAAGUUCCCGACCAGGAGUUGAUGCGUCCUAUGACAAAAAUGCCUUUAUUUGUUGGUGCUCACCCAAUUACAUCGUCUAGCAAACAAGCAGAGGUAACUUUCAAAAUGUCAAUUCAUACCAUAUUUUAUAAUUAAUUUAUACUUGUUAAGUUUGAAUUGUCAUUAACUGAACCGACUUACUAGGUAACAUGUGGAUGUUUUUAUUCAUCUGGUUGUGGUAAAUUUUCUUACUUGUGGGUCUGCACUACAAAUAUUCCAAUGAAUACACAUAUAGCAAUUAUGUCUGUUAACAAUACUUGCAUUCUAAAACAAAUUACAACAUUAGACCUGCCACAGACUAUUGUAACAGCUAUUGAGUAUGUCAGGGCAUCUGAUACUGUUUGGAUGGGUACCAAUCAUAAAAGGUAAACAGAAGAGUUGAAUAAUAUGUCUAUAUUACAAGUUAACACUAUUUACGGAUUCACUGUUAUUUAAUAUAUGUAUUUUUUUUUUAUUAGUAUUUUAAUUUUUAAUACGGCCGACAUGUCGGAAGAGGCAAGCAUUUCAUUACCAGGAGAAGACGAGAGUCUUAGAGUAACAGCAAUCAAACACCAUUGUGAUACUGUAUUUGUAGCUCUAUCUAAUGGAUCUUUGCUUCUCUAUAGAAGAGGCAACCAAUCCAAAGAACCAGAGAUUGUAAUUUUGGGCCCUGAAGCACCUAUAACAUGUAUUUUGCCUAUUAAUUUAUCUUUAUAUGUGGCUUGUGGUAAACAAGUAUUUGUCAUGAGUGCAAUCACUGGAGAACUUCAAGUAAACACCAAAUGAUACAAUUUUCUUUUUUUCUAUAAUUUGUAUUCGUAAAUUAUGACUUAAUUUUUUAUUUAGAAAAAUUUUACUAUUCAUCAUGGAAAGAAUGUAAACCUAUUAGCUCAUUCUGGUGUUGGUCUUUGGCUUUCAUUAAUGAACUCGACAACUGUUUGUUUGUACCACACUGAAACAUUUAAACAUUUACAGGUAAUAUAUUCAAUAAAAGAAAUCUAUAUGCAGGCUCAUGUUGGGAAAUAUGGGUGUUCAUUGUUCUUAGGCAAUGAACCCCUCUGAUUUUUUUUAUAAGAUCAAUUUAAAGAAAAUUUAUAAAAAAAAUUGUUUUUCAUAACAUCAAACUUUAAGCAAUUGAUAUUUUAAGUUUAUUUCAUUAAAAAAAAAAAAUAGAAUUGAAAUGUCUACGAUUAUAACCAUCAAUUUUUUUUUCCAGGACAUAAACAUUGCAUCAAAUGUCAUUAGGUUAAAGGGUACUGCUACCCCAGUUAAUGUUACUGCUUUAAUGGCAUGUAAAGGCCUCCUUUGGGUUGGCACAGAUGCAGGUAUUAGCUUAACUGUUCCUUUACCCCGUCUAGAAGGAGUGCCUAUUAUCAGUGGCAAAGUGAAUGUUUCUUAUCAUGGACAUACUGGUCCAAUAUCCAUUUUGGUUCCCUUACAAGAUCCACCAACUGUUUUAAAACGACCACCAUCAAAAACAUUAGCUAGUGACAUAUACGAUUUGUAUGGUCGUUUGAUGUGUGUUAAAGACUAUGAUAAAAAUGAAGAUGCCUUGAACUCAAGUCGGUGGUCUUUGCGGUCAACUGAUGAGUCAUCAGCAGUGCAACAUGCCAGAGCAGCAGAUGUAUCAAAGAAAGAUUUCACACUAGUAACUGUUUCUUGUGGACGUGGUUAUGUCAAUUAUCAACAGCCGUGUUGUUCAACUAUUGAAAACAAUGCCUACAUAAUACUUUGGGAGAUUAAGUUGUAAAACCAUGCUGGUAAUUUAUUAUUAAUAAUUAGAGUUGUAGGCAACUCAUUAUACUCAACCUGCAGGGUGUUUCUGAAAUAAAUAAUAUAAUUUAGAACUUAUUAUAAUUGCAAAACCGAAUGACAAAUAUUAUAUAAUUAGAAAAUCAAUUUAGUUUUCUUUUAGAAUCUAACAAUUUUUAACAAAUUAAUAUUUAACCUACAAAUUUUAAGUUAGAACUUAAGAUUAAUUUAUCUUCAACUAGCCUUUACAUUUUCUUUCAAGUUUUACAUUGACAUAUAUUUUAUAUUAUAAUAUUAAUACAUAUAUUUCAAGAAAUGCCUUUUUUUUCAAGCCAAAUGCCCUUUUAUCUUGCCAAAUCAAAACAUUUUCUUAAAACUGUAUAAUAGAUUAACUGUAAAUAAUAAUUAGAUAAAUAUUAAAUUAAAUAAUGGUAUGGUUAAUCGAAAGAAGUGGUUUUUUUUUUCUAUUUGUCUUUCGCAUUUACUAUUUCUCAAUUUUUCAUUUUUCUCUUCUAUAUAAUAUUAAGAUAGACUAAUAAUCUUAACUAUCUUUAUGUGGAAAAAAAAAUGAAUCAUAGUAAUAAAUUAUCAUUUUCUAUAUAUAUUAUGAAUGACAAUAGUGAUUUUAUUAUAAUUGAUAAGUAGACAAUUAGUGCAACAAGUUCCUUUCAACUUUUAUUCCAUAUCAAAUUAGAAUCUGACACAUUAAACACUUUUUUAAAUAUGUAAAGUUAUUAUUAAUAUUAUUGUUUGUUUUUUUAAUAGGUAUACCAUUCUCUUUGUCACUGUUUACGAUAUUACUAUAGUUUAUUAGUAGUAAUAAUUACUAAAUAUUAAUGUUUUUCAACAUUAAGAAAUGAGGGGUAUCAAACGAUAUUGGUUUUCUCUAAGAUACAAUGCAUUCAAUUUAACUUUGUGUGCAAAAUAGUAUAAGUUAUGGAAAUUACAUAUAAUGUGUGCAUUUUUAUUUAUUACAUAUUUGUCAAAAUAAUGAAUUAUCAUAUUUUUUUCUUUUCUCUGAUAAUAUAUUAUUAAUUGGUUGUGAUAUUGAAUUUUGGAUCAAUAUUAAUAUGUUUUUUUGAACAAUUUAAAUAUUAGUUCAUGGCAUUUGAGAAAACUUUAUUUAUGACUUCAAUGUAUAAUUUCAGUUUUCCAGCCGCUCAAUCAUAACUAUUGUUUGUUUAAUAAUUAAUCAUUUUGUCAUAUUUAUGAUCAAUCAUUGUCGUACCCAAAUGGUUUUAUUAGAAUUCCAGGUGUUUUAGUUUUUUUUUUUUUGUAGUUUAAUAAAACGACACACACCAUGUAUAUUAUCAGUAUUAUCGACUCGUAGCUCAGUAUUAUAUGAUAAUAAUAGGAGUGAUGAUGCAUUUGGACAAAACAUCUAAAAUUGUAUAUUAUUAGGUCAAAUUUAUAUGUACCAUUUUGAAGAAUGAAAUAAUAAAAAAUUAUUAAUUUUAAUAGUUGUAUCUAGAGUGAGAAUUGUUUUUUUUUUAUACAGUUAUUUUUAAAACAUUUUCAAUUACCUUAAUCAUAAUUAAUGAAACUGGUAUGUUAACUAAAAAUGUAUUAAACUGUUUGAUUUGUUUAAUAUUACAUACUCUCAUACAGAUGAUCAAUAUUCUGUAUGCCACUCAUUUUACACAUCUAGGUAUUACAUUUUUGGAGGGUUUUUGCUUUUAAAAAUUUUAAAUGGUUACAUUUUUUUGGAAUAUUAUAUUACUAUAUUUUAUUUAUCACUACUGACUUUUGAUUUUCAAAUAGCAACCUAUAUAAUGUACAAUAUUUCCACGAAUAACCCAAAUCUAACUUCGAGCAGUGUAUAUAUUUCAAAAUUUUUAGUUUUUUAGAUGAUUAUGUAUAAUUUUGCCAAAUUUGAUUUGUCCAAAUGAUUACGCCCAAUAAUAAUACUUGUUUUUCCAAACUUCGAGUACUCCUCAUUCUCCCAAAAAAAAGACUGUUUAAACAACUAAAUACCCACAUUCCAAUGUUUAUCCCAUUUUUCAAUAUUAUUUUAUAUCAUAUCCAUUACCAUUUUACUCGAUAUUUUCUUUGGUGUCUUCUCAAUUUUCCAUAUUUUUAUAAUAGGUAUUGCCGUAUUUUUAUUCUCAAUAUUACUGUUGCUCAUAUUAUUAUGAUUAUUAUUAUUUUUUUUAUGUAUUUGGUCGAAUCUCUUCAUCUCUUUAAAUAUAAUAUUAUAUAUUAGGUAUACACGUAUUGCCAUCAUAAUGAGGUUCGAGAGAAAGGAGAUUUUCUUUUCUAAACCGUAGUUAUAUUUUUAAUUUGUUUGUAAUUAAGUUUAACUGUUCGCUGUCGACAACGACGAGGUAGUGUAAGUCAAAUACGUCAAAAUAUAGGCUAGGUAAGUUAAGUUAGUCUAUGGCGGUAGUAUUAUAUACAUUUUUUCUUCUCCAAACCAUUUUAUUGUCGUGUAAUGUUUUUACUUUUUCUGUAUACCUACUCUAUAUUUUAGGCAAAGAUCAAACAGAUUUUCAAUUUGUUAAUUUGUCCCUACAAGACCUUAUAUAGAUGUAACGGAAAUAUUUUUACGAUUUUACUGCGUUCGACAUUCGCCCUCUUUAAACCAAAACUGCGUUUUGUAAAUUAUAUUUAUAUUGUUAAAGAAUCUGGAUAUUUUUUCUCAAUUUCGAAAAAUUCGGACGUCUGUCUCAGAACUCAAAAAAGGUUUUAAUCAAUUUUUGGAAUUUCACUUUAUAAUUGUGUAAAAUCUUAUGUAAUUUUUUUCAUUUUUCAUUUUAUUUUCUGGUCUAAAUCGCACAAGUAUAUUCUAAAACAUGUUAUAGUGAAAAUUAAAAUAUCUCAAGUCACUGUCAUUGCUCCCUUUGUGUGAAAAUAAACGCUUACGUCUUUAUACCUAUUAUAAUUAUAUGACUCGGGCCAUUUCGAACGUUUCGAAGGUUAGGCCAUUUAGCAACUAAGUCAUUUAGCAAUUUAUAAAAAUUGAAUUCGCUUGUAUCGAAUACUAUACAAAAUUUACCCGAGCCCUUCUUCCCUGGGACCAAAGAUAUAUAUUAUUAUAAUAUAAUGUGCAAUAUUAUCCCCAAGCCCUUCUUUGUUUGUCGUCCUGUCAAAAACGCACGUGUUUGUACCCUUAUAAUACCCAAUAAUAUUGUAGGUGAUAAUAUAUUAUUAUUAUUAUUAUUAUAAUAAACUCUGUGAUACUCAUUGAUGUGGGUCACUCGGAUUGGUUUUUUUUUCGUCAAUCUGUUACGCUUGUUAUUGAUAUGAAUAAUAUAUUAAAAUAACUAGGUAUUUUAAAUUUUUUUUUUUUUUUUUUUAAAUUUCGUAUACGUGUAUUAUUAUUAAUUUUAAUAUAGAAUACGACUUAAUGUGCGUGAGACAACAAACUGUAUUUAUUUUUUUUUCAUUUUUGAUGUCACGGCCUAUCACAAUAUCCACAUUGUUAGGAGUAUUUUUGUCCGCUAAACAUGUAGUCUUAAGUAAUAUAUUUUUUAAGAUAACGCGCGCACCUACUUGACAAACACACACACACACACACACUUCGAGUUAUAGUCCAAAAUAUUAGAGUACAAAUCGGCAAAGAAUAAAAUAUUUUUAAAUAAUAAUAAGUUACUCGCAUAGUAUACCUCCUAGGCCAAAAACUUAUUUAUUUAUUUUUAUGCUUUAGAAAAACUAAUAUUCUAGAGUUUUCGAUCGUAUUUGUAUUUGUAUUUUUUUUUUUUAUUAAGUUAUUUAUGUGUAUAAGGACGAUUAAUUAGAUUUUUGGACUUUAUUUUAUUAAAUCACCAAAACCUCAUCAGUUGUGGCAUCGUGAUUAUUGAAAGGAAAAAUAAUUGAAAUAUUCAAUAAAAACAAGGACUAACCGAACCGUUUCCUACUUAAGAGGCCGUUUUAGAAGAAACAUAAAUUCUUAUAAAAAAAGUUCCUCUCUUCUGACGUAUCGACGCAAUCAUCGGUCUUUUUCACAAACGGUGCGGUUAAUUCGAGAUUCGUACUUUUUUAAAAAAAAAUUUUUCAUUGUGUGGUUUUUUUAUUAUAUUAAUAAUAUAUUAUUAUACUCUAACACGCGUCACGUUAUUAUAUAUAAUAUUAUAAUAUGUUCGCUGCGUUUUUACUUUGCUGUUUAAUUUUUAUUUCCAGAGUGAGAAAAUAAAACUGUAUAAUAUCAUAAUUGUUCAUUAAAAUAUCGUCAUAAACUAUAUUAUUAUAUAGUUAUUAUUUAUUCAUUAACAGGAACACAUACACACACACACACACACACAACACACGCAAAUUAUAAUAUGAAUAUUACUAUUACCUAUUUACUGUUAUUAUAUAAUUCGGAAGAGCUGUGUCUACUUUGUGUAUCAAAGUCGAGAAACGAAACAUUUUUAUUCGUAUAAAAUAUUUUAUAUUAAACAAAUAUAUAAGUAUAUAAAUUUUUUUUUUUUUUUUUUUUAGUAUAAUAACGAAUAUGGUUGUAAUAUUGUAUUCAUUUAAUAACACAAUACAACUUAAACCGAUACUUAGUUUUAAAUAAUUUUUAUUUGUAAAAAAAAAUU